UUCGUAUUCUACACACUGACAACAUGAGGCGCUGCAGUCGCGCACGUGCAUUUGACGUUUCAGUGUUUACUUUUCUCCGGGAAAUUCUGAUCCCUCUGUGAUUUCUGACCAGGAUCUAGGGAAUUGCGCCAUGUCAGCUUGCAGUGAGAUAAUAGACGAUAUCGAGGACUUGAUCUCCUCGCAGGAUAUCACGCCGAAGGAGCGCUACGCCAAUAGGAAGGAUGUGACGGUGCGCAUGAAGAAGGCCGACAAGGCACCCAAGGAGAAGCCCAUUUUUCAGAGCAUCGUGCCCGGAACACAGCGCAUCUACGUGAAGACGUGGGGCUGCGCUCACAACAACUCCGAUUCUGAGUACAUGGCAGGACAACUCUCGGCGUUCGGGUACAAUUUGGUGGAUGACAAAUCCGCGGCGGAUCUGUGGCUCCUCAACAGCUGCACAGUGAAGAAUCCCUCGGAAGACACGUUCAGGAAUGAGAUCGAGGCGGGCGUGGCGGAGGGAAAGCACGUGGUAGUGGCUGGCUGCGUGCCCCAGGGCGCUCCCAAAUCGGAGUACUUGCGUGGCUUGAGCGUGAUUGGCGUGCAGCAGAUCGAUCGUGUGGUGGAAGUUGUGGAGGAGACGCUCAAGGGGCACAGUGUGAGACUGCUGCAGCCCAAAAAGGAGGCCGGGAGGCGACUGGCGGGGCCUCGAUUGGCGCUGCCGAAAGUGCGCAAGAAUCCCCUGAUUGAGAUCAUUCCCAUCAACUCGGGCUGCCUGAAUCAGUGCACUUACUGCAAAACGAAGCACGCCAGAGGCGAUCUGGCCAGUUACGAUCCCGAGGAGAUUGUGGACAGGGCGCGCCAAGCCUUUCGCGAGGGCGUGUGCGAGCUGUGGCUGACAUCCGAGGACACUGGAACUUACGGCAGGGACAUUGGCACAUCUCUUCCGGCUCUGCUGUGGCGCCUCGUUGAGGUCAUCCCAGAAGGAUGCAUGAUGCGCGUCGGCAUGACGAAUCCACCCUACAUUCUGGAGCACCUCGAGGAAAUGGCCAAGAUUCUCGCCCAUCCGCGCGUCUAUGCGUUCCUCCACGUGCCCGUCCAGAGCGGCAGUGACUCGAUUCUGGCCGCGAUGAAGCGCGAAUACUGCCGUGAGGACUUCGAGCGCGUCGUGGACUUCCUCAGGGAGCGCGUUCCUGGCCUCACAAUCGCCACGGAUAUCAUUUGUGGCUUUCCCGGUGAGACGGAAGCGGAUUUUGCCGAGACAGUGGAUCUCUGUGGCAAAUACGAGUUCCCAUCGCUCUUCAUCAACCAGUUCUUCCCGAGACCCGGCACUCCGGCCGCCAGGAUGCCCCGAAUCCCAGCCAAUCUCGUGAAGACUCGCACGAAGCGCCUAACUGAGCUGUUCAACAGUUACGAGCCGUACAGAAAUCGCGUGGGAGUCGAACAAACCGUUCUCGUGACCGAGAUUUCGCACGACAAGCGCUUCUACGUGGCGCACAACAAAUUCUACGAACAGGUUCUUGUGCCGAUGCGAGAGAAUCUCCUCGGGAAGUCGGUGACUGUGCGCAUCGUUUCGGCUACAAAAUUCAGCAUGCAAGCCGAAAUCCUGGACUCUGAAGCUUCCUGGAAGGCAUGUAGCGUCAUUUCGGAGGAGAACAAGCUGCAGAAUGGCUACAUCAACUGUCCAGACUUUGAGGACACCAGCGGCCAAGAGCCUCCUGGUCAGGCAAUCGCUCCUGUGCCGCUCAAUCAAUCUCCGCUGCUCGCCUACGCCAUAAUCGCCCUCCUCCUGGCAAUCGUGUAUCGCUUCGCGUGGAAAAUCGUCACGGAGGCGCAAUAAAAGCUGCACAAGUUCAAUCU